AUGAAACAAUUUAAAGUAAGUAUUCAAUUCAAACGAUUUAUUCAAAUCAAUUCUAGACCAACAAGAUUAUUUACUGCCGGUCAACCUAUACAUGAAACUAGACCUCAUUUAAUACCAACACCGGGGAAUUUGACUCCAGGUAUUUCAGCUUUGGAAUAUUAUCAAAGAAGAUUAAAAUUAUGCUCAAAUUUACCUAAAAAAUCAUUAUGUAUAUUAUUUGGUAAUAUUAUACAAUAUAGUUCUGGUUCUGUAUUCUAUGAUUUUCAACAGGAUAAUGACUUAUAUUAUUUAACUGGUUGGUUAGAACCAGAUUCUAUUAUAAUUAUUGAAAAAAAAUUUGAUAAUGGUAAUGAUGAAGAUGUAAAUUUACAUAUGUUAGUACCUCCUAAAAACCCACAAUUGGAAUUAUGGCAAGGUGUUAAAUCAGGUUUAGAAGGUGCUUAUGAAUUUUUUAAUGCUGAUUAUGUCGAAGAUAUAAAUAAAGCAACUAUAUAUUUAAAAAAUUUAAUCUCAUCAAAUGAUUAUAUUUAUUGGGAUAAAAAAUUUCAACUGCAAGAUACAUCUCCAAUUAAACUGUUUUUCAAUUUUAGUCAUAAUCAAAAUUUAAAUGAAAUAAUACUAAAAUGUGGUAAACCUAUAAAAUCAUUAUCAAAAUUAACUACUGAAAUGAGGGCAAUUAAAUCAAAUAAUGAAAUUAAAGUCAUGCAUGCAGCUAAUCAAAUAUCUUCAAGAGCUAUAAAUAAAGCAAUUGGAAAAGUUGGAAGUCGAAAUCCAAUAAUGUCUGAAAAAACAUUGGCUAAAUUUUUAGAUUAUCAAUUUGUUAAAGGUGGUUGUGAUAAACAAGCUUAUAUUCCAGUUGUUGCAAGUGGUUCGAAUGCAUUAACUAUACAUUAUACCAGAAAUGAUGACUUAUUAUUUAAAGAUGAAUUAGUAUUCAUUGAUGCUGGUGGUAAAUUAGGUGGUUAUUGUGCUGAUAUUUCAAGAGCUUGGCCAAAUAAUCCAAAAGGUUUUAAUGAUCCACAAAGAGAUUUAUAUGAAGUUGUUUUGAAUACAAAUAAACAAUGUAUUGAAUUAUGUGAUGAAAGUUUAGGUUAUACUUUAAAUGAUAUUCAUGAAUUUUCAGUUAAUUCAUUAUUUAAUAAUCUUAAAAAUUUACCAGCUUUUAAAAAUGUUACUAAAAAUGAAGUUUCAAAAAUAUUAUAUCCUCAUUAUAUUGGACAUCAUCUUGGUUUAGAUUUACAUGAUAUUCCACUACAUUCAAGAUUUAAUAAAUUAGUUGAAGGUAAUGUAAUUACUAUAGAACCUGGUUUAUAUAUUCCAAAAGAUGAUCGAUGGUCAAAAUAUUAUCAAGGUAUAGGUAUUAGAAUUGAAGAUGAUAUAGUAGUUGGAAAAACAAAUGAUGAAAUAAUAAAUCUUACAAGUGGAUGUGUAAAAGAAGUUCAAGAUAUUGAAUCAUUAAUAAGAAACGGUGUAACUACUCCAGGAAUUCAUGAUGAAUUAGUUGAACUAGAUAUAUAA